AUGGUGAAGGUGCUGACGUCUCCGAAAAAUAAUGGCACUGAUCUAGACGAUUUUGCUAAAGAUAUAAUGGAUUCAAUGCCGGGAGUAUUUAGUGUCUCCAGCAUUUUGCGUGCGGUCAAGAUUGUGAUAUUAUGUAGCAAAGAGAAAGAUCCUUCUAUACUGGAAAGACUUAGCGCGUUACCCAACGUCAAAUAUGCGGAGUGGGACGCCGAGGUUCAUAUGUGUUAA